AAUGAACAACACAAUUCAAACGGACAAGAAGGAAGUGAAGAAGAUUGAAGAAGAGAUUAAAGAGUGGCUUGAUCAGUGUUUGGCCAGGAAUUGGGGAGAUGAGAUGAAUUAUGAAUCACAUGACUCGUAUUCAGAUUUUAAGUAUAUAACCACAACCCCUAUCUUGGAUUUCCAGACCUGCCAACUCAUCUACAAAACAUCCCUUCUCAAAACCUUCACCUCUAAAAAAUCGCAAGAGGGAGAACAAGAAAUUGAUGACAUUAAACAAGAACUUAACACAACAAAGAGUACCUUAAAAGAAAUGACCAAGGUCUCUCUAUUGACAGAAAAAGUAGCUUAUCAUCACAAAGAAUUUGAUAGAGAAAUCAUUCUUAUGCUAAGUUACAAAUAGCGAGAUCUGCACUGUUCGCUUUAUUCAAGUCAAACUCCUUAAGGAUGGUAUUACCAAUGAACAAAUUUAUCUAAACGUUUUAAAUUUCUUAUCAGAGGUCACCAACGAGACUAAUAGCAUGACUUAUUCUCUUGCAAAAGUUAGCCCAAAAGCUAAAGAGCAAGGUCUUUUAUACAGUAGCAACUAUGAAGACUUUGAAAAAGAGAAUAUGGCCAUGGAUCCAAUAUUCAAUAAACCUGGUCUUGACGAAGAUUCUUUCCUCCUCAAGAGUGAAUACUCAACUUGUUUAAAAGUCUGAGAUGACGAAAAAGCCUUAAAGAAGUAUAUGAACCUAGAAUGACUUCCAGAGUUUGUAGGAAUAUGACUGAAAGAUCAACUAGAACUCUUUGAUAGAAAUUUUAGAGCUAUCGAAGUGUUAAUGGAGGAAGAAAGCGAGGACUUUUUCUCACCAGGAACUUUAGCCUUUUUAACGUUAUAA